AUGAGUGUUGGCGGGCCUGUUCGUGUGCGACUUGUCCUCAGCGGCGCCUGCUACCCGGCGUACUCGGGGCGCCAGCUGCAGCUGCAGGUGCCCAUUUUCCGUGACGACGGCUCUCCGAUGACGACGAUGGACCUCAAGAGCCAGAUACGGAGGGAGUGGCCGAGCGACCUGUCGGAGAUGCAAGAGGCCAUCAAGACUGUAGAGAUGAAGAUCCUGCGGACGGGGAAGCUUCUCCAGGACGACGCCUCGCUGCGGAGUGUCAUCACCUCCACCGAGAUGCAGGACUGUAGCGUAAGCGCAGGAACGCCCAAACGCAACGAUGAAGAACCGAAGUGGCUGCUCAUGCAUUUGGUCUUUCAACGGUCCAGCAAUGCGGGGGCGCAAGAGAAGGGCCAUGACAACGCGUCGGCAGGCAGAAGAAAGGGAACAGGCAGCAGCAGCAGCGGGUGCUGUUUACUUAUUUGA